AUGCUCAUCGUGCUGCCUAAUGAAAGAGCUGGCCUGCCUGAGUUGCUGCGAAUGCUCGGCGACCACAAACACCUCGAACACUUCAAGGCUCUCUUCGACAAGAAGAAGUACGAGACCGGGCGGUUUGAGUUACGCCUUCCACGCUUCAAUCUCGGUGGUUGCAGUAUCGACUUGAAGAGGCCAUUGGGUGAGAUGGGAUUGGAAAGCGUCUUCAAGGACUCCGAAGCUGACUUCUCCCGCAUCAGCGAUUGUGCCAGCUUGUGCAUCUCGAAGAUAGUCCACCAGGCGAAGAUUGAGGCAAGUGGCUUUUGUCGCGUUGGUGAACUGGCGUCUGUUGUGGGUCAGAAGAGGCGUGUGAACGAGGAAGGAGCGGAAGCUGCGGCUGCAACCGGAAUGACCAUUUCCGCGUGCUGUCUGAGCCCGCAGUUCAUAGUGGACCGACCUUUCCUCUUCUUCAUCGUCACCGAGACUGGAUUCCCGGCCUUCAUGGGUCACGUGGUCAACCCCCUGGGAUAG